AUGAGACAGCUUCGGACAUUAAUUUUGCUUCUUCCCUUUUGCCAUCCUCUCCACGACGACCACGCGACACCAUCGACGCAGGCCACGCCCGCCAUCACAACGUCCCGCGCGUCGCUUACUCGAGACUGUGUCUCGGUAGCGCAUCCGCCGCGUCCUCCUCUCCCCGCCCUCCUCUCUUCGCCUCGUGACCUUCAUCUCACAUCCGACCUGUUCAAACUUCCUCCUUCGUCCCCUUCGUCCAUCCACCCGAACGUCCUCACGUCCAUCGCCUUCACCAUGGAUCUCGCAAAGACUCUGGUGCGCUCCGUCGUGCGGGCGUUCUACGAGACCAAGCACAUUCUCAUUAUCGAUGCGCUUGUAAUUCACUCGGCACUACGCGACGAUGACUUGGCCUAUCUCAUCAGCAUGAACAUUAAAGAUCUCCACAAGAUGUGCCAGAAGCUCAAGGAAGAUCGUCUGCUCGCAUCGUACGGACCGCACCACCUGCUUGGUUUCCGUUUAGCCUUACACUCUCGAUCCGAGCUUCGCGAAGGGCAGCAGCGGCCCAACAACCGUACCUACUACUACAUCGACUACCGGCAGACGAUUGACGCCAUCAAAUGGCGCGUCUACAAGAUCGACAAGGACCUCCAGGGCCCCGUCGUGCCCCCCAGCGAGAAAAAGGAGUACUUUUGCGACCACUGCAAGGCCGAGUGGACCCAGAUGGAGGUGCUCGACAGCGUCGGCCCGGCCGGCUUCCUGUGCCACCGCUGCGGCACCGUCCUGCGCCACGGCGACGGCGGAAAGUCGGGCGGCCACGAGCGGAGCACGCGCAUGAACAACCAGUUCAAGUUUAUCACGGACCUGCUGCCCAAGAUUGACAGCGUCGUCAUCCCCGACAACGAUUUCGAGGCGGCCUUCAACAGCCGGCGGGCCGUGAUGCGCGACGCCAUGCACCAGACACACACGAGCAUUGGCGUGGACGCCAUGAACCGGCCGACAGCCGUCAAGGGCAUGGCCAAUACGGGCCCGAGCACGCUGUCCGUGUCGAUCCAGGCCGGCAAUGGGCCGACCGAGGAAGAAAAGGCCGAGGAACGCGCGCAGCGCGAGCGCGUGGCCCAGCAGAACGCGCUGCCGAGCUGGAUGUCCAACAGCACAAUCACGGGCGAGGCGUUCAAGACGGACCAGGUGGCGGGCGUCCAGGCGCUGGACGACGACGUCAAGCACCCGACAGCCAAGGCCAAGACGGACGCCACGGCCGAGGCCGACAUUGACGACUACUUUUCGCGGCUCAAGCGGCAGGCGGCCGAGGAGGCGCAAAAGAACCAAAACGGCAACAACGACGACGGGGAGGACGGCGAAGACGAUGACGACGAGGACGGCGAGGACGACGACGAGGAAGACGACGAGGCCAUGUUCGAGGACGUGGUGCAGACGGGCAACAACUCGGGCGCGGCCACCCCCGCCAGCCCGGGCGGAGGGCUGGCGCCGCCGCCCCCACGAAACGCGGCGUCGCCACCCCGGUCAACGCCGUUUGGUGUGGGCAACGGCACCAGCACACUGCCCAAGGCGCCAUCGCCUCUGCGCCAAGCACACUCGCAGAGCAGCCUGAAGCGAGAGGCCAUGUCCGACCCGCCAAGCCCAACAAGCUCGCCUAAGAAGAUGAAGUUGGAGGACGGGGCGACAGAACCCGCUGCAGAACCGGCCAAGGUGGUGGUCAAAGCGGAGGCCGAAGAUAACGACGAGGAUGAGGAAGGCUUUGAAUUUGAGGAUGUGUAA